CGCGUCCUUUCUGCCCGAAGAAGAGUGGAGUUGAGGCGCAGCGCCCAGAUGAAGGUUUUGUGCGGAUCUCAACUUCCCUUUUGGGACCUGAAUCUUACCCUAUACCACAACAACCCCGACCUGACAGAGUGCUUUCAGCUUUCUGUGCUCCCAUGGAUCCCCUGCAUCUACCUGUGGCUGGUCUUCCCUUUUUACUUCAUUUACCUCAAGUUGAACAACAGAGGCUACAUUAUGAUGUCUAUAUUAAACAGAAUAAAAACGAUUUUUGGAGUUAUUUUAUGGAUUGUAUGCUGGACAGACCUCUUUGGCUCGUUCAGCGAAAUGGAGCAGAGAGUUUUCAGACCUCCUAUAUUCUUUGUCACUCCAUUAGUACUUGGCAUGACUAUGCUGUUAGCCACCUUUCUUAUCCAGUAUGAGCGUCUGAAAGGGGUGCAGUCCUCUGGAGUCCUUUUUAUAUUUUGGACGAUCUCUGUACUGUGUGCCAUCGUGCCUUUCCGCUCGAAGAUCCUUCAGGCCCGGCAGGAGGAUGGGGUGAAAGACAAACUGCGUUUCACGACAUUUUACUUGUAUUUUGGCCUCACAGUGGCGGAACUCAUUCUGUCCUGCUUCAAUGAGAAGCCUCCACUCUUCUCCAACGUGGUCACAGAUCCUAAUCCAUGCCCAGAAUCAUCUGCUGGCUUCGUCUCAAGAAUGACCUUUUGGUGGUUUACAAGCAUGGCAAUAAAAGGCUACAGAUCUCCACUGGAAAACAAAGACCUGUGGUCCCUGAACAAGGAUGACAGCUCGGAGGUGGUGGUACCCAAACUCCUCAAGGAAUGGGAAGUGGAGAAGUCUAAACUACAAAGGUCUGCACAGGAAAUGAAUGGGCAGGCAGUGUACUCUAAAGCUGAGGCGGAGAGCAACCACGUAGGUGUAAAUCCUGAGGAGGUGGAAGUGCUGCUCUCCAAGAAGAAGGAGUCACAGCAACCUUCGUUCCUGCACGCCCUAAUCAGAGCCUUUGGGCCCUACUUCCUCAUCGGCUCAGCCUUCAAGCUGCUACAGGAUGUCGUCGUCUUCAUCAACCCUCAGCUGCUCAGGCUGCUGAUUGAGUUCACCAAAAAGAAGAAUGUGCCGUCUUGGUGGGGCUUCGCGCUGGCCUUCCUCAUGUUUGGCUGUGCCCUUCUACAGACACUCAUCCUGCAUCAGCACUUUCAAUACUGCUUCGUUACAGGCAUGAGGCUGCGCACAGCCAUCAUCGGUGCCAUCUACAGAAAGUCACUGGUUAUUACGAACGAAGCGAAGCGUUCUUCCACUGUCGGAGAGAUCGUUAACUUGAUGUCGGUGGAUGCUCAGCGCUUUAUGGACCUCACUACAUUCCUGAACAUGUUGUGGUCUGCACCACUGCAGAUCAUACUGGCUCUCUUCUUCCUCUGGCAGACUCUGGGCCCGUCUGUCCUCGCAGGUGUGGCUGUCAUGGUUCUCCUGAUUCCUUUUAAUGCUGUGAUCGCCAUGAAAACCAGAGCGUACCAGGUGGAGCAGAUGCAGUACAAAGACGCUCGCAUCAAGCUGAUGAAUGAAAUCCUGAACGGGAUGAAAGUGCUGAAGCUCUACGCCUGGGAGCCUUCCUUCAAGGAUCAGGUCCUACAUAUUCGGCAAAAGGAGCUCAGUGUGCUGCGCAAGCAAGGCUACCUUAGCGCACUGUCUGUCAUGGCCUGGACAAGCGCCCCCUUUCUGGUUGCACUGACAACAUUUGCCGUGUAUGUGAAUGUGGACAAAAACAACGUCUUGGAUGCGGAAAAGGCCUUUGUCUCGCUUUCUCUGUUCAACAUCUUAAGAUUUCCCCUGAACAUGCUUCCACAGGUCAUAAGCAGCGUCAUGCAAGCUAGCGUGUCUCUCAAGCGAAUCCAGCAUUUCCUGAGUCAUGAUGAGCUGGACCCAGACAACGUGGAUAGGAAACCUGCAGCCUCGGAAUAUGCGGUAACAGUCGUGAACGGGAAAUUCUCAUGGGCCGCGAAAGAUCCGCCUGCUCUUCAGAACAUUAACGUGAUGGUGCCGCAGGGCUCGGUAUUAGCAGUGGUGGGUCAUGUGGGAUGUGGGAAAACAUCUCUUGUGUCAGCUCUGCUAGGAGAGAUGGAGAAGCUAGAUGGACAGAUCUCCAUAAGAGGUUCGGUGGCUUAUGUGCCGCAGCAGGCGUGGAUCCAGAACGCCACACUGAGAGACAACAUCUUGUUCGGCAGGCCCUACGUAGAGGAGAAGUACCGCCGCGUGCUGGAUGCUUGCGCCCUUACCCCUGACCUCGAAAUACUCCCUGGAGGUGACCAAACAGAGAUAGGAGAGAAGGGAAUUAAUCUUUCUGGAGGUCAGAGGCAAAGGGUGAGUCUGGCCAGAGCUCUGUACAGUGAGGCAGACGUUUACCUCCUCGAUGAUCCGCUGUCAGCUGUGGAUGCCCAUGUCGCCAAGCACAUCUUUGACAAUGUCAUUGGGCCAGAAGGAGCACUCCGUCAAAAGACACGAAUCCUGGUGACCCACAGCAUCUGCUUCCUGCCCCAAGUGGAUAACAUCAUGGUGUUAGUGGAGGGCAGGGUAUCAGAGAUGGGAUCUUACCAGUACUUGCUCAGUGAGAAUGGGACCUUCGCUGAGUUCCUGAGGAACUACUCUCUAGAGGACAUAAUAGAGGAUGAUGAAGUAACAGAGAUGUUGAUUGAUGAAGAAGAGUUAUUCCCUGAUGAUGCUCUCAGUACCCACACCGAUAUGGUGGACCACGAACCUGCAGUCAACGAGGCUCGAAGACAGUUUAUGAGGCAAAUCAGCAUCAUGUCUAACGAUGUGGAGAACCCAAGGGUGAAAUCAGUGCGUAAACGUCGCUUUAGCGAGAGGAGGCCUGGGGAGCCACCGCAGGAGAAGAAGGAUUCCAAAGUGGAUAAGCUCAUCCUGGCUGAGACUGCAGAGACAGGCCGGGUGAAACUCAAGGUUUAUUGGGAGUAUGUGAAAGCUGUGGGGCCUUUGAUGUCCCUUCUCAUCUGCUUCCUGUACGGAGCUCAGAGCGCAGCAGCUAUCGGAGCCAACAUUUGGCUCACUGUGUGGACGGGCGACACCAAUAAGAGCACUAGAACAGACGAUGUACCAAUGAGAGUGGGGGUGUAUGCAGCACUGGGCUUUACACAAGGCAUCCUGGUCAUGUUCUCUUCCUUUACUCUGGCCCUGGGGAAAAUCCAGGCUGCCCGCAAGCUACACCAGGGCCUGCUGGACAACAAAUUUCGCACCCCGCAGUCUUUCUUUGAUACUACACCCAUAGGGCGCAUCAUCAACCGCUUCUCCAAAGAUAUUUACGUGAUCGACGAUGCCCUGCCUUCCACUAUCCUCAUGUUCCUGGGCACCUUUUUUACCUCCCUCUCCACCGUGAUCGUUAUCAUUUCCAGCACACCCAUCUUUGCUGUGGUCAUUGGCCCCUUGGCUAUAAUUUACUUCUUUGUGCAGAGAUUUUAUGUAGCCUCCUCGCGGCAGCUAAAGAGACUGGAGUCGAUCAGUAGAUCCCCUAUAUACUCGCAUUUUUCGGAGACCAUCACUGGCACUAGCGUGAUCCGUGCUUAUGGGCUGAACACUCCUUUUGUGCUCAUGAAUGAUGUGAAGGUGGAUGAGAACCAAAAGAGUUACUACCCUGGUAUUGUUUCCAACAGGUGGCUGGGGGUACGAAUUGAGUUUAUUGGAAAUUGCAUUGUGCUGUUUGCUGCUCUGUUUGCCGUGAUCGGGAAGGAGAGCCUAAGCGAAGGGCUGGUGGGGCUCUCCGUCACUUAUGCCCUGCAGGUCACCAUGUCGCUGAACUGGAUGGUGAGAAUGACCUCUGACCUUGAGAGCAACAUUGUUGCAGUAGAGAGAGUGAAGGAGUACUCAGAGACGCCACCUGAGGCACCAUGGGAGGUGGAGGAUAAAAAGCCUUCAUCUGACUGGCCUUCUGAGGGCAACGUGACGUUUACUGAUUACAGUGUGAGGUAUCGGGAGGGACUUGACUUGGUGCUGAGGAACAUUUCUCUCCAGGUGAAAGGAGGAGAAAAGAUUGGCAUUGUGGGUAGGACCGGAGCAGGCAAGUCCUCCAUGACACUGUGUCUGUUCCGUCUUCUGGAGGCAGCAGAAGGGGAAAUUACCAUCGACGGUGUAAAGAUCGCUGAGAUCGGCCUGCACGACCUAAGAUCCAAACUCACCAUCAUCCCCCAGGAACCAGUUCUGUUCUCAGGGACGUUGAGGAUGAACCUUGACCCUUUUGAAAAAUACAGUGAUGACGAUAUUUGGAACUCUCUGAAGUUGUCUCACCUAUAUAAGUUUGUCAGCAACCAGCCCGCUAAACUCAGCUUGGAGUGCUCGGAAGGAGGAGAGAAUUUAAGUGUGGGACAGAGGCAGCUCGUCUGUUUGGCUCGAGCCUUGUUAAGAAAGACGAGAAUCCUCAUCCUCGAUGAAGCCACUGCUGCUGUUGACUUGGAGACAGACGAUCUCAUCCAGUCCACCAUCCGCACACAGUUCGAGGACUGCACAGUCUUCACCAUCGCUCACAGACUCAACACCAUCAUGGACUACACAAGAGUUGUGGUGUUGGACAAGGGACAGAUAGCAGAGUUUGACACACCAGCAAACCUUCUCGCACAGAAAGGAAUAUUCCAUGGCAUGGCAAAAGACGCAGGGUUGGUGUGAGCCGUCAGAGCUGUAGAAACACAACGAUGCCUUCAUCUACAGAGAGACAGUGAAUGUAUCUAUGUUUUGUUACUCAUGUGGACCUGUAAUUGUUUUUCUUUUUAUGCAUUCUUGUUGUUUUAUAUGAACUGCAGUGCUACUGUUAAUUUGGCCACCGAAUUUUAAUGAUGAACCAGUCUGUAUUUGUACUGUAUUAUUUAAGUUACUUUUAAGGCUUCGCAAUAGGGAAAAAAAAUGCUGUUUCAAGAAUGGUGCCAUUCCUCUUUUGUACAGUACAUAUUUUAUUACAAAUGUGGAAUUAUGUUACUUUUAUUGUCGAAAGCAAUAGCAUCAAUAUAAUUUUUUGCUGUCAUCAGGAAGUUCCAAAGUUGAGUUUGUGACCAAAAUUUUUUGCAGGACAAUCAGAUUCAGAAUGACAUGCAAGUCUGAGAUGUUGAAAUGCUGAAGCUUCAGCACAGAAGCAUUAAUAUUACAGCCAUCUUUAUUUUAAUGUUUCGAGUUAAAGGGAUCAUAUCUAUUUUUUCCUUUAGCAGCUACAUGUUUACACCUCAUAUGAUCUAGUCUUGCACUGUUUGCUCCAUUUAGAUUCAGAAAAAGAACAGCUUUCACUGAUUAAGUUGAUUAGAUUCAUGGCAAAAUGUAUGCUGUGAACAUGUGAAAACACAUAUGAGGUCUAUUUUCUGAAUAGUAAAAAAACAGGAUUUUAAUAUUUCAUCUGUAACAAAUAUAUACGUAUGUAAGACUAUAAAACACUAUGGGAGAUUUUAAUAAACUUGAGAAAUAUAAAUUUACAUUUAUGGCAUUUAAAAACAUUUUUUGGGAAGACACACUUAACCAGAGUGACUUACAUUUAUACAACUGAGCAAUUGAGGGUUAAGGGCCCAACAGUGGCAGCUUGGCAGUGCUGGGGCUUGAACUUCUGACCUGGGACCCAGAGCCUUUAACCACUGAGCCACCGCUGUCCUAUUCUGGGUGAGUGAUCCCGAAUAUGUUUUCGAAUAUUAAUAUGUAAUUCACUUUGAGUACAAAUCAUUUUAUAAAUUAAAACUUCAUAAUCUUUCUGAUAAUGUGCCUCACUUUUUUUUAUCAAGUUUUCCCAAAUAGCACACGUAUGUUGACACGACAUGCGCACUUGUACAUCUGACGUUCCAGCAACCUAAUUUCUAAAUGGGAAGACAAAGUUGUUUUUAGAUUAUUUUUUUUUAAAUAUCACUCUAGAAGGAAUUCUGACCAAUCUCAGUUGCUCCUUCUGUAUCUUGCAUGUAUCUGCAAUGGUUCUACUAUCAAAAAUAUAAACCAUUUACAAAUUUAAACCACAGCAACGCUGAUAUAAAGCCAUUACAGAUGAUGGAGGAAUGUUAAUGAACUUGGCCUUUCUUUGCCUCCCAAGUUUCAGUCCUGACUGCUCACUCCUAUGGAGAAGAUUUUGUAACAGAUAGAAAAGAAUCACACUUGAGGAGGAAAUUGCAGUGCACCAGGGAAUUACAUUGACUUUGGAACAAAGUCAACAUUUAAUUCUAAAAAAAAGGCAAUCCUGUGCUAAUUAUUUUUCAGUGAAGAGAUAAAGUGUGUACCAUCUUCUGUACAUCACUGCCAAUUUGUCCAGGACUGGCCGUCCCAGCGAAUUCAGCCCAAGAGCAGACUGUCUGAUGCAAAAGAACCCCAAAACUUCAUCACACGAUCUGCUAGUAAGC